CAAUCACUCCAGCCUUCACCAAGACAUCGCCCACCAUGGAGUUGAACGAGGCCCCUUCGAGCUGCGGCUUUGAGGAAGAGCCUCCGGGGUCACCCAAGCGCAAGAAGGUUCGCGCAAAAUAUGCAUCCAAGGCAUGUGUUGCGUGCCGCAGAUCGAAGCUCAAGUGCUCAGGCGACAACCCGUGUCAACGGUGUAUGGAUAACGGUCGACGAUGCUUCUACUCCGAAGACCAAACCGCUGCGGAAGCUCUGCAAAAUCUCAGCCGACCAUCCCUCCCGCAACCAUCAUCUUCUAUCGCAGGGAAUGGACUUUCCAGCAACGGAACCACGAGAAAUAUACUUCCGCGCUCGGAUCCCAUGCCACGGCGAGCCAGCGAUGCCAGCAGCUUCGGCACAUCAAUGGACGCGCGAAUGGCAAGAAUGGAAGGGAUGAUGGAGGCUUUGCUCCGAGAGCGCGGAAUAGUGAUCACGCCUCGGGGAAGCACAGAGCGAGAAGCACCUCCCAUGGGUGAGUACCACGUUCAUGAGGACGCCAUCAACCCGAACUUGCCGCCACCAGUGCGCGCGCAGCCAACGUAUCGACUCGAGCAGCACCAAUUGCAAGAUCACCAAUCUACAUCGGCAUCUCACUCUAUCGCUGUAAUCAAAGACUCUAUCAGCGUAGAGGUCCCGUUUACUGUACCGACCGAGUAUCGCAGGUAUCUGGAUCACUUUUUUGAACAGGUUUACCCCUUCUAUCCCUGUAUUGACCCGGUUCCUUUCCGGGAGCAGGGCGGCUGUAUGCUCUCAUCAUUACCCAUUCAGAAGGACAAGAGAUUGCUUCUAGCUCUGCACUAUGUAAUGUUCGCCCUAGUCGAUGUCUCAGAGAGUAACUCUCCAAAUGAGACGAUGCCUGGUUGGUAUUGGUACCAAACAGCGGAGACUUUGAUUGGGCAAGAAGUAUUGCAUAGCUCUGGUGGCUUGGUUUUUAUUCAAUAUCUGAUUCUCAAGGCUAUUUAUCUUACCUACAUAGACAAGCCCAACUUGUCAUACAACACUAUCGGACUUGCGUGCAGGACGUGCUUCCGGAUGGGCUUGCACGACAAGAAGCGUUGGGGACGCCUGUUCGGCCCGGACAGUGAGUUGGCCAAACGGAUUUUCUGGACGUUGUACUACGUUGAUCGUCGAGUCGCCUUGAGCUGUGGUCGGCCCUACGGCAUUCAUGAUUCUGACAUCGAUGUUGAGUGGCCCAAGGUCGACAUCAAGGACGAAAGUAGCCUACACCUAGAGUGGAUGAUCAAAUACGCAAAGAAAGCCAGCGCUCUCUGGGACAAGCGAUCCUUCCUCAACUCGCAUGAAACCGUUGCGGUUAGUGCAAAGAUGAUGUAUCUAGAUUGCGCCAAUAGGGGCGCCGAAGAACAACUCGAGAAGUAUCGGAGUGGCGGCAGUACUACGCUGCGCAAAAUGAUACGCCUGGCGCUGGACUUGCUGUCCCUCAACAAUUUUCGCCUCUUUUUUUCGCGCCACAGAAUCCUCUUUUUUUCCUAUAGUGCGCACACUGUUGGCGACGUCGAUUCUGCAUGCCGCCUCAUUAUCCUUACCACCACGACUUGCCUGGAUACAAUGGACAAACCCGAGCUUCUCGGAUAUCACAUGGCAUCUUCCCUCGGCAGCGUAAUUCUCACAAUGGGCAUCCUGCGCCAAAAGCGAAACCAUUUCACAGACUGGCCCGUCGAAGAAUGGGAUUCUUUAUACCAUGAUGCGGUCGCAUUGUUGGAACGCUUGAAGCCAACCACUCCGCUGGCCUGGAGGGUCGAACGGGAUCUAAAGGCGCCGGUCAUUCUUGCGCACCGCAUCGACCCAAAACGAUGUCCGUAUAGACAUCUGGAUUUCAUGCAACAGAUGGAGAACGAUGGGUUUGAGGGCCGCGAGGGCGAAGACGGUGAAUUGGAAUUGUCGAUGGAGUCCAGGGCGGGAGAAUAUGGGGUGCCAUGGUUGUGA